AUGUCCACAUCCUCAUAUCCAGUUCUUCCUCCUACCACAAAUGAACUUACACCAUCUCAGCGUUUACGCCUGAUGCGCUCGACGCGGAAACUGGGUAAAAUGCUAGGCACCACACCCGUAAUAAAUUCUUCAUCCGAGUUUGGCCAGCAUCUUUCGGCAAAUCAUAGGGAUACUCCCAGUAUCUCUUUGCACCAUUCUUCAUCGCCUCGAUUUACACACGCGCCGAAGAAGUCCAAAGCUCUUCCUCGCCCACUCGUGUUAUCUUUACAGUCUCUCCCUGCUUCUUUCUCAUCUCCCAGGUCAUCCGCGGGUCCUACAUCACCGCUUUCGCCGACAUCUAUAUCUACCAACAUCGCUUCAUCUAGCUCAUAUCGUGACGAUCAUGACUCUUUGGAUGAUUCACUACAGACUCGCCGGAAGCGCAUGGCAAAACUUACUCGGACCCUUGGAGAGAAUAUACCUCCCGAGUUGGUCUUUAACUCUCAACUGCAUCAUUCCCACUCUCGAAGCACCUCUGUUGAAGCAGCUUCUGCUCUUGCAAACUUAACGGUCACCGCUAAUGGCUCCACAGAGCCUUCUCGCCAUACCCAAGAGACUCUCGUUCCCUUGCGAAUGAAGAGACUUCCGCAGACACCUACCACGAUGUCCCGUAGCGCGUCGCUACGAGCUCCGUCACCUUCGUUCGUUGCUCGGCGAAUGAUGCGAAAGCGUCACGGCCAACCUCACACGACGAGUCACGUCGAGCUCACUCCUUCCGGCGGUCGCAAAUCCUCCGACACCAUCCGCUCUGCUGUUUCUUCGUGCUCUACUGCCUCCGAGCCGGGCCAUUUGAAUGAAUCAAAACGGACUUAUCGGAAACAGGCAGGGUGGAGCGGGGAAUGGAAUCGCCAGGAUAUGGAUGAGGUUAUGAAUCGACUACGGGGGCUGAAGGCUGCAUAA